AUAAAAUGAGGGUUGGAACAAAUAAACAAGAUUUAACAGGCAAACAGUCAUACGUCAGAGCUGUGCUUGUGAAUAAGUGAUGCAACAAUACAGUUUUAUCUUCGAUUGAACUUAUUCGUGACAUUGGUUAUAUAUAAAUCAAGCGGAUCACUGUUCACAGCAGAUAUAUUAAUAGGCGGACUUGAUUCUUUUUAUCAGUUUUUAAAAAACUUUAAUUGAAUGGAUUUUAAAUAGAUCGCUUAGAGCACGUGCAAGUGAAUUUAAAGACAUCACAUUUAUUAUUAAAAGAUAUUGAAGAAUUCGUUACACUGAAAGAAUAGGAAACGAUGGAUAUUGGAUAAAAUAUGGUUUGUAGCAUCGGUAUAAAAUGAUGUUAUACGGACACUAAAGAGUUGCGCAAUAUACAUGCACGCCUAUGGAAAAUUAAUUCGCUAUAGUGAUUUGAAAACAUUGUGGACAAGUUUCGUGUUGUGUACGAAUUCUUCAAAGAAAUUCCGUAAAAGAUGGCAAAUACUUUUGAAAAGGUGCUUAACGUUAUAUCAAAGAAACCGGAUCAAAGACAGGAUUUUGAGAUACAGGGUCUUCUUCCAUGGUUGAGGAAAAAGUCUAAGAUAUUUUCAACUUUAAAGACAGAUUACCUGAAGGAUAUUGUACGGAACUGCAGUGUAGGAAAGUACUGUAAAGAUGAUAUCAUCAUAAAACAAGGUGAAAUUGGCGACUGUUUUUACAUUAUUUUGGCGGGCAAAAUUUCUAUAUUCAUCAUAAACAAGGAUAAAGAUGCGGGUUCAAAUGACUCCGACGAGAUGUCGGCAUUUUCCGCCAUUGGUUCGACAAAAGACGGCGUUCUUGAUCGAUCAAAGUUGGGAAACUUUGUGACAAGUUUAGGUUCCGGUUUUCCGUUUGGCGAAGUGGCUCUUGUUUCUGACGAUGCAGUCCGGACAGCUACGAUUAUUGCCGAAGAAGAAACGGACCUUCUCGUGGUAGACCGGGCCUUGUAUAAUCGAGCAGUAAGAGAUGUUUUGGCGGAGGAAUUUGAAGAAAAGCAACACUUUAUUAAAACAAAUGACCUGUUCAAGUCUUGGAUACCAAAAUAUAAAAAGCAGCUGACCAUGGCUAUGUAUAAAGAAACUUUCCCUUAUGAUUCAGUGCUUGUGAAACAAGGGGAUGCUGUUGGGAAUAUAUAUUUUAUAGUUAGCGGACAAGUGGAGAUUCGAUGUGACACCUCACAGCACGUGCAACAAUAUCCGAAACUUUAUAAAUUACUGGAGGAUGAGCGGGAAAAACUUAUAAAAGAAAAGAAACAAAAACGCCAACAAGAUGUCGUGGAAAAUCUCCCUCCUUCACUGAAGAAAAAGGAUUCUCUUCCGAAAUUUCUAAAAAUGUGCUACCUCGGUAAAAAUGAAUCACUUGGUGAGAUUGAGGUGUUGAUGGACAUGGAUACGUACAUGACCACAGCUAUCUGCACGGAGAAAACGGAAGUACUCGUUCUAGAAAUGAAACAUUAUGAAAGACUUUUCGUGAAAAAACACCAGCGAACAAUUGAUACCAUGAGGCGGAAUUUAGAGAAGAAACUUGCAACAAGAACGUCGGUGCUAAAAGAAUAUGACGCGGUGCCAUUGUUAAAAUUGUUACAAACCAAAUUGAACUUGCUUCAUAACCCGCCCGCUUCACAGGAAGACGAUAUGAAAAAGAAACCCGAAACGUCUGUUCAAAUCGCGGAAAAGUUAUUCUUUAAUCACCAGGGUCCAUUGUUAGAUAUAGAAGGACCCGGUAGUGUGUUUUACAUGAUUAGAGCACGAGAGAGGUCAAAGUUGAGACGCCAGGCGCACCAACAAGAGAGAAAUAAUGCUCGAAAAGGUCAGACGAACGGACAUAUUCAUUCAAUAAGGCUUCCACAGACGCUUGUAAUGGCUGCCAACAUGGCGGGUGCCUCGGAUACUGGCACGUUUUCCCCACGUGAUGAGGAAUAUAACCCAGUUGUUUCCUUUUCUUCUCCGAGGGACGAUCAUUUUGAAAUUGAAAAAGUGGCACAGCAAAAUGUUCCAAACGGUGUUCAGGAAAGACUAGACGCUGUAAAAAUUGCAAACGGUGAACCGGAAAAUACUGAACAAGACGCUAAUGAUUACUCAGUGUCACUUCCGGAUUCUUUGCCAAGAACCUUCCGGAGAAUUCAAAGUGCAGUUAAAGAAAAUGUCAGUCGGUCAUUUGACGGUGAUCGAUCAGAAAGUCUCGAUGCAAUAAAUAUAAAAACGUUAUCUCGUCCUGUAACGAGAUUUGAAAAAUACAGGACCGAAGUAAAUCUGAGACAGCUCGAGACAAAGGUUGCCGAAUGGCUUCGUAAGGACAACCCUAAAACAACUCCGAAUGUCUCUAAAUUGAGACGAUUGCAAAUCGAGCAAAUGGAGCCCCCUCCAAAGCCGGGCAACAAAAUCAUUAUACGAAGAAGACCGAGGGGUGUCCGAUGCGAUUCGUCCACCGGUACCGGAAGUUUUCUACAUGCUGGGGACUCUGUUACAACAAUAAAAAGGCCGGAACAUAAAGCAACAGUUGUUAAAGUAUCAAAGAGCGAGAACAUUACAGAAAGAUAUAAAAUACUACUGGCAAACCAGACCUGAGAUUGUUUCUUCUUCUUCACAGAUUUACAUAAUGUUCUCUAGUGUAGUGAAACAAACCUGUGUUAGAUAAUAUAUAAGUUGAAAUGUAUACAAAUUCAAUCCUAUAUUUUUUGUACCUAUUCCAUCUACGUAUAGCGAGUAUAUCAACAUGGAUUUUAACCUGACUUCCGACCAUUUCAUUAUAGUCAUACGUAUUUUUAUUUGAAAUACCAUUAUUUUAAUACAUACAUAAUUCUGCUUUCUUUUCCCUAGCGAAGUUUUAUUCGCAAAGUGUCAUAUUGUUGCAUUAAAAUUUAUCACUUCCGAUCCGUUUCAUAAAUCAUUUUGCAAAUUGACUACAAUUGCUUUUAAUGUACAUAUGUAUCUUAUUUAUUUGCUAUACCAACAUUAAUCUGCAUGUAUAUCAUAAAAUAUUAAAUAAAACAUAAAAAUGUA